AUGACAUCAUCAUCAUCGAAUCAAUUAGCACAAGAUUUUGCAUUUUUUAUUCAUCAUUCAACAGAUUCUCGUACAUUAACAACACCAGCGAAUAUUGAACGGACAUGUUCGAUUUGUUUAAAUUUAUUAACAACAUUUCCAUCAGCACGUGAAGCUAUUUUUGAUUAUUUUAAUUCAUUAAUUAGUAUUGGUGUACAUUGUUUUAUUCAAAAUGUAUCAUUAGUUGCAAGUGUAAGUGAUUUAUUAAUAACAAUUGAAUCAAAAUUAACUUCAUUAGCUAUGCAAUCAAAUAGUUGGGCUAAUAUUCUUGCUCAUUGGUCAAUCGAUCAAUUAUUUGAUCUAACAGUACGAUUUGCUAAUGAAGCAAAUAUUAAAAAAUGUGAAACAUUAGAAGAUCGUAUUCAAUUAUGGACACAAUGUCAAGCAGCAAUGACAUUGAUUAAAAUAUGUUCAGCAUGUAUUUUACAUGAUUCAACAGCAGCUGAUAAUGCAUUAAAUAAAUAUCUUGGAGCAUCAAUACUUAGUCGCCCUUCAUUUGAUUGGGUUACAGUAUCUUUAACUUUACGUUGUGGUCAAACUUUAAUAUCACGUUUAAUUCAACUUAGUUUACAAGAAACCAAUCAAUCACAAAUAGUACAUGGUGUACGAAGAAUCUAUGCGGUUUGGUCAUCACUUGAAGUUAUUGCAGAACAAGAACCACAAAUAUUCAGUCAAGUUUUAAUGGAACAAAUUCAAUCGUUAUUAAUCAGUGAUGAUAUUCAAAAACAUGUUUCAAUUAUUUCAUUAAUACAAAUGAUAUUUGUUGUUGUUACUGGCCCACUAUGUGAUAUUGUCUAUUAUUCACUUUAUCGAUCAUUGAAUACACUUAGUUUACGUCGUUUAUGUUCAUCAAUAAGACAAACAAAUACAAUAGAUAUUGAACAAUUAACGAAUGAAUUUAUAUCUGGACUUAUGCGAAUACGAACUGAUGCAUUUCAAAUAAUUCAAUUUAUUCUCAGUUUUAUACAUGAUGAAAUAUCAACAGAUCCAGAUGAAAUUGAAUUAACAUUACGUAAUUGUUGUAAAUAUGUUUUACAACAAUUAUGUCAUGAAUGUCAUUGUAAAUUUCGUUUACAUAAAGAUAAUCAAAAACCAACUAUACCCAUAUUAUCGGCAUUACGUACUUCAUUUGAUCAUCUUCUCGAUCUAUUGAAUUAUACAAAAAGUUCAGAAAAAAUUCAUUUAAUUAAUGAUUUAUGUUUUAAUGUUGCACUUUAUAAUGGUGAUGAUACAAUGAUUAAAUACAUUCAAUAUAUAUUUACAAAUAAAACUUCACUUGAUAUUCUUCAAGAUAUACAUCUUGAAUUUGAAUAUUAUCAUCCAAAUUGUCUUCAUGAUGCACUUAAUUUAAUAUUUGAACAAAAUAAUUCAUCAAAAAUAUCCAUAUGUCUUGAAAAUCUUCUUCAAUUAGUUCUUGUUGAUGAACGUCCAUCAUUAUCAAAUAAUCAUUCAAUUCAAUCUAUCAUAUGGUCAUUGAUUGAUCAUUUUAGUCGAUUAUUAAGUGAAAAUUGUCUACAUUACGAUAUUAUUCUUCAAAUAUUUUUACAAUUAAAAUGUUAUGAAAUUUUACCAACAUAUGAACAAAUCUUACAAAUAGCAAGUUCAUUUACAGAUAUACAUAUAAAAAUAAUUGAAGAUAAUGAAAAUAAUCUUAUUGAAAAUUUACUUCUUUGGCGUGAUACUCUUUUGAAUUUUAUACAUUUCAAUAAUUAUGAUUUUCAUCUAUUUGUUAUAAUAACAUUAAUGGAUUUUCUUAUUCCAAAAUUAAGUCCAUUUGAUAAAGUUGAUGAUACAAAUUUAACUCGUCGACCAAUUGAUAACUCAGGUUCACUUUUAGAACAAAAUGUAAAUUUUAAUGCACUGAAUUCAAAUCGUGUAUUAUCACGUUCAUUUAGAAAAACUCUUACAAAUGAUCGAUUUAUUAAAAUUCCACCUGAAUAUAUUGAUCAAUAUACAAUGUUAAUGACAGAUGUUUUUAAUGAACUAAUUUAUAAUGAUAAUUCACAAAAACAACAAUUACUUAUUUGUUUAGUAACAACAUUAAUUGAUAAUAUCUUACCAGAUUCAACAGUUGAUGUACAAUUUGAUGAUGAUCAGUGUAAAACACCAAAUGAAAGAAAUUUAGCAUUAAUUCGACGUCUUGAUGAACAACCACUUGUAUGGAUAUUAUUGGAAAUAAUUGCUACAGAUAAUAAUGCAUUUCAAUUAUGUUUACCAAUAAUACGAUGUUUAUUAAGUGCUUUAAUUGUACAAUGGGAAAAUGUUCGAGGUGAAGAUCGAGCUACAACAUAUUUAAAACAAUUAACACUUUCAACUAAUUUAAUUAUCUUACUGAAAAAAGCUCGUUAUUUACCAUUACCAUUAAAUGAAAUCUAUGAAUUAUUUCCAUUUGUUACAUGUUAUGAUUGUUUUACACUUUUAUCAAAUAUAUGGAAUUAUUUAAAACAAAAUCAACAAUUAUUAACAACAAAAUUAUUAACACAACAACAAACAAUUAUACGUGAUCCAUUAUAUUUUGAUCCAAUUAGAUUUGUUAUACAAAAAAAUAUUGCGAAUGUUGGACAUAUAGCAGAACAUUUUCUUCAUUUACAAUUACAACCAACUGGAUCUAUAGCAUUUAUAUCUGAUGAUGAACGAAAAGCUUUAACAACAUUUGUUAUUGUUGGCGGUGGACCAACAUCCAUUGAAUUUAGUGGUGAAUUACAUGAUUUUAUUGUUGAAGAUGUAGCGAAAUGGUUUCCGGAUGUUAAAACACGUGUUAUUGUUGUUGAAAGUACAGAUCAUAUUUUAGGUACAUUUGAUUCCAAAUUAACAGAUUAUGCAAUGAAUAUUCUAAAAUCACGUUCUGAAAUUACUCUUAAAACAAAUACACAUGUUAAACGUGUAGAUGAAAACGAAGUUUUAUUAAGUAAUGGUGAAGUUAUUCCAUGCGGACUCACAGUAUGGAGUACUGGUCUUUCUCCAACUGAAUUAACAUCAACAUUAUCAUUUCUUAAAGAAAAACGUUCCGGAAGAAUUUAUACAAAUGAUCAUUUACAAGUAUUAAUUGAUGAUAAAACAACAAUCAACAAUAUAUUUGCACUUGGAGAUUGUGCAACACCCAUUGAACAUUCAAUACCAGCUACGGCACAAGCAGCAGCACAACAAGCGAAAUAUUUAGCGAAGAGAUUUAAUCAAAAACAAUUUUAUCUAGCAAAUUCAAAUGAAAUUAGCAACGAUAAAUAUCCAGCAUUUAAUUUUAGUAAUUUAGGUAUGUUAGCUUAUUUAGGUGGUUAUGGUGGUUUAGCGGAUUUAAAACAAACUAAAAUAUCUGGUUUCUUAUCAUGGUUAUUAUGGCGUUCAGUUUAUAUGACACGACUUGUUAGUUUUAAAAAUCGUUUACUUGUAGCUAUGUUUUGGUUUAAAUCAUUCGUAUUUGGUCGAGAUAUUAGUCGUUUUUAA